AUGGAAUAUGAAUUUGGUGUUGGGCUUCUUGUUCCUUUGCUCUCCUCCGUUACUGCUAUAUCUCAUAUUAAGGUUCUUAAAAAGCCUCAUGUUGCAAAAGUGGUAAAGAAAUUUAUCGAAGAAAGUAAAAUUCAGAUAAUGAAUUGGCUUCUUCAAAGUCCUGACCUAAACCUAAUUAAAAAUCUUUGGUUUGAAGUGAAACAAUCUGUACGUCACAAACCAAAACCAAACAAUCUUGAUGAACUGGAUAUUCUGCUUAUUAAAAGUAUAUCAGAUCAUGUUGCUGCUUGUCUUGAAACCAGAAGAGAACCUACAAAAUACUAA